GAAGCUGGUCACAGAUCCAGUGCAACGCCCCGCCUGGGAGCCAGCAGACUUUGAAAUCUGUCGCUGUAAAAUGAAAGUAAAAGGAGGAGGAAAUUUAGAAUGAAAGAAGUGAGAUUGUAGGAAGCUAUUCGUCACUUUCAAGAAGACGCGGUGGUGUUAUGAAUGAAGUCUCAGAAUGAAUUUGCAUGUUUCUGAAGAUCACAGUGCUGUCAAGAAGUCUUGUGUAUUUGAGCCAUACAGGAAGCAUAAAAACAUAGGCAAAUGUCUAAUAAUCAGUAAUGAGCACUUCCCUGACUCACCACACUUGCAAAGGAAGGGCUGUUCAGUAGAUGAACGCUUACUGUCGAGCACGUUCAAGUCCCUCGGGUUUCAAGUACAGGUGGAGAAGAACCUGUCGGCAAAUGAAAUGAUUAGUGUGCUGAGAAAAGUAUCCAAGGAGAACCACGCAGACAAUUCCUGCUUUGUGUGUGUACUGAUGAGCCACGGAGAGGAAGGAACAAUCCUUGGAUCGGAUGAGUGCUGGAUCCAUGUCAAAACUCUGACCUCUCUCGUGACUUCUGACCUCUGCCCUAGUCUGCGGGACAAGCCGAAACUUUUCUUCCUACAGGCCUGCAGGGGACUGGAAUUUGACCAUGGUGUCGAGGCAGACAGUGAAAAAGCACCGGGCGAAUAUUUGGGAAUAUCGGACGUUCCCGAGGCGGAUUUUCUCUGCUGUUAUUCCACAGUGGAAGGGUACUACUCGUGGAGAAAUCCAGAAACAGGCUCUGUAUUUAUCGGUGAACUUUGCAAGAUGUUAAAGGACGGUCAUCUAGAGAUUAUUCAGAUUCUCACAAGAGUAAAUCAUCGUGUGGCUUUUCACUUCCAGUCUCACACCACAGACCCGGAUACACACAGAAAGAGACAAAUGCCGUGCUUUGCCUCCAGACUGACCAAGGAUUUUUAUCUUCAUGUGGCAGAGGAGAAAAAGAAAUAAUAUAAAUUAAAAAACAAUAAUUUUCAAUCACUGGGAGAAAGUCAGUGAUGUGGUUUGCAAGGAGAGGGAGCAAUUUAUUAAUAUGUUAGUUCUCAUAUGCAAAUACACUUCAUUAUUAAAUAUAUGUUAAUCAAAUGAUGUAUAAGAUGGCAUAUCUGAAGAACAGUCUAAGCGCAUUGAAUUAAAUACUUCAGGAACUUUAUUCAUUUGUUUGUUUUUUCUCUUUUUUCUUUCCAAAUAAAAAUGG